AACUCGAUUAAACAAAAACUUACUAAAUGAUCGAUUUUUUUUUUUUUGGAAAUACUGUUGUAAGUUGUAACAUAUUGCAAAGAAUUAUAUUUUUAACGCCUUUUGGAACAAUUUUGGUUCAUUAAAAGAACGUGCUUCUUUUAUUUUCUCAAGAUAGGCUUUCACAUAAUAAGAAAAAAUGAAAGUAGCUGGUUAUGGAACUUGGGAGUCUCCCAUUUCUAGCAAGAUGACAACAGAAAGCGGUGUUGAUCUGCAUUUGUUGAAAGUUGACGAUGACCCAACCUUUUCAGACACUGUUUACUGGACUGAAAUUCACUUUCAAGAGAAAGGGCGUUACGUCAUUUGCUCAUCAGAUCAGAAUGGACAAGUGGUGCAGUGGACACCAAAAGACUUUAAUGCCAGAUCAACAGUUCAUGAAUAUGGAGGUGGUGAUUUCUUUGUCUACCAGGGAGUUGUCUACUUUUCAAAUUUUACUGACCAAGUUUUGUACAGGCAGACUGAUCCAUCAGCAGUUCCCGAACCAGUAACAGAUAUCUCAAAAAAAUAUCGCUAUGCUGAUGGUGUCUGGUCACCUCAGAAGUCUCUGAUCUACAUUGUAAGAGAAGAUCAUGAAGUGGUUGCCCAAGGGGCUAAGGAGCCUCAGAAUGCUAUUGUUGUCAUUGAUCCAGAAACUAAGUUGCAGUCUGUCUUGGUUUCUGUUGCAGAUUUUUAUUCAUGUCCUAGAGUAUCCCCUGAUGGACACAAAAUUGCUUGGGUUCAGUGGAACCAUCCUAACAUGCCUUGGGAUAGCACAGAAGUUUGGCUAGCUGAGUUGUCAAAAUCUGGGCAAGAGGUACUUCCAGGGACACAACAGAAGGUAGCUGGAGGUAAAGAUGCCUCAGGCCAAGACCUGAGUGUUAUACAACCAUUCUGGACAGCCAAUAAUGAACUUCUUUACAUUGGAGAUGAAACUGAUUGGUGGAAUCUGUAUAGAGUGACAAAAGCUGGCGUUCAUAUUAAUAUGUAUCCAACCAGUGCAGAGAUAGGGGGACCACAGUGGAUAUUUGGGAAAACACCUUAUGCGAUAGAGCCUAAUGGAGGAACAAGAAUUGUGACUUCAUUUAAUGGGGAGCUUGGUAUUCUAGACACCAAAGAUUUGUCUUAUAGAAAAGUGGAAACUGGUUUGACCACUCAUGAUAGAUUUGGCUGGACUUCAAGAGGAUCUAUUUACAGUAUUGCCUACAGUGCAAACAAAUUUGCCCAGGUCAUUAGAGUGGAUGCUAAUACAGAAGAGGUCCAAGUUAUUAAAGUGUCUAUGUCUCCUCCUGUGGACAUUGGUUAUUUCAGUAUUCCUGAGAAAAUUAGCUGGCAAACAACUGACAAUGAGAUUAGCUUUGGGCUUUACUAUGCACCAACAAACAGAGACUUUAUUGCACCUGAUGGAGAGUUACCUCCACUACUUGUCAGAGCCCAUGGUGGCCCCACUUCAUCGUUUUCUUCCAACCUUGACCUCAAGCUUCAGUAUUUCACCAGCAGAGGUUUCGCAGUGUUGUGUGUUGACUACAGGGGCAGUGUGGGAUAUGGCAAGAAGUACCGACACAGGCUGAGAGGACAAUGGGGAAAACUCGACAUUGAGGAUUGUAGCACUGGGGGGAAGUACUUGGCCUCUGUGGGUAAAAUCGACCCCAAAAAGGUGUGCAUUGAUGGCAGAUCAGCUGGAGGGUACACAACAUUGGCUUGCCUUACGUUCACUGACACUUUUAAGGCUGGUGUCAGUCAUUUUGGAAUUAGUGAUCUCGAGAUUUUGAUGCAAGAUACUCACAAAUUUGAAAGCCGGUAUCUUGAUACUCUCUUAGCUCCACUAGAUCAAGGUGGCAGAGAACUUUGUAAGGAUAGGUCUCCAAUCCACCACAUACACAACAUUCAAGCACCAAUGGGUUUCUUUCAAGGAGAUGAAGAUAAGGUUGUUCCCCCUAACCAAGCUGAGAUGAUGUAUGAGGCGGUUAAAGCUAAAGGACUUCCUGCAAUGUUUGUUUUGUUUCAAGGGGAGCAACAUGGCUUUCGAAAAGCAGAGAACAUUCAAACCUCAUUAGACGGAGAGUUUUAUUUCUUUGGUAAAGUCCUUGGCUUUGAGCCAGCAGAGAAACAUAUAAAGCUCCAUAUUGACAAUAUAUAAAGAGUGAUUUUUGACAAUAUAUAAAGAGUGAUUUCAACUCCUCGCCAAGCUUUCAAGCCUGUGACAUUUUUUUUGUAAAACUUUAAUCAGAUUUGUUUGUGUUUAAGGAAGUUAACUUUUUUUAAUGUACCGGUACUAAAAAGGAUUAAAGAUAACUUUGACCUAUUUAGGAAAAUAAAUUUUAAUUUUAACAUAAGAUUUUUUAUUAAUUUUGUAUUUCUUUCAUUACUCAAAGCCAUUUACUGAUUGUUUAUUCCAUGGUUUGAUUGUAUAUUGUUAGAUGCUGUUAUGACUCAUUUCACUAAAAUUGUUGAUUUUGUUGACUGAUUUAAAGAAAGAAACUUAAAGGUUUUGAUUUGUAUUCUUUUUGAAACAUGUAAUGAAUGUUAGAAUAUUUGUUGGCAACAUUAUUGGUAUAAAAAUGUAUUUUCAGUUGGUAAACAAAAAUGUUUGUAACUGAGACGACAUAAAAAAAAUUAAACCCAAAAUGUUCAAAUCCACAAAACUUAAUUAAAAAAUAUCUGAUAAUGCUAACGUUUCCCUAAAUUUCCAUUGCUCUAUUGUUUCAAAAGUGUAGACAUUAUAACCUCAGCAUUGGGGGUCAAAAGGUCAAUGCCACACCAAUAUUUUCAUAGAUUUAUCAUUUAGCUACUAUGAACAUAAACAUAAACUACAUUAAUUGGAAGCAUUAGCUUUGUGAAAAAAGUAAAGUCUAUAGGGCAGAUGAUGUAAAGGUCAUCUGUUUCUGUGGCACACGUUUAUCAAGGGUGAACAACUGCCUUUACUUUUCCCCAUCUUAUGUCAGUUACCCAUUAGAGCUGGGUGGACUCAGAGGCAUCCUAAAGGUCAUGAAAUUGCAGAUACCAUUCUUCACCUCUGGUUAGGAAGCCAAGCGCUUUACCACUCAGCCACAUGCCUCCAUCUGGUUUGUGACAAUUUUCUUUAAGAGAGAUUGAUUUUGCACAAUGUUAUAGCUUUUUAUGUUUUUUAAAUUUAUCAGUAUUUAACUCUUGAUUUAUGCAUAGACAAAUGUGUGUGUGUGUGUGUAAUCAUUGUUGACCUCUCUGCUUGAUAGCAUUGAAAAUGUGAAUGUAAAAUAUUUUAAAAUAUUUAAUACAUAAUUUGAUGUUGAUACAA